AUGUCCGGAUUUCGAAAGCAUAAAACAUCGAGACGAGGAAUAGAAGAUGACGGAAAAGAAUAUGUUCCGCUCAUGCCUAUCGCUUCUACAGCUGCUGCUACUACCGCUACUACUACUACUCUUACUUCUACUACCGUCAGUGCAGUUGUUGCAGCUGCAACUACGUCCACUACUACUUUUUCAAAUCCUACGUUUACUGAUACUGCUGCAUCUUCUACCUCCACUGAUAACGACGAAGAUGACGACUACGAUGAAAAGUAUCUUGAAAAUGAUGCCGAUGAUGAAGAAGAUGAAGAUGAUGAUGCUGGUAGGAAGAAUCGUAAUGAUGACGACGAAUACGAUGAUGAAAACGAUAGUGGCGAUGACGACCCAAAAAUUAAGUAUAGAAGAAAAAAGGAUGGAUCUUUAAUUGGUGAAACUUCGUUUAUUAAAUCGCCUAGAGCGGUGACAGAGGCUGCAGAAACGCUUCCGACGCCAUGUAAAUCAACUACGAUAACACAUUAUUUAAAAUUUAGUAGGAGACUGAAUGCUGAAACGCUAUCCACAAAUGUACCUGGUACAAUCACAUCCAAUGUCAUUAAUUUAACGGAAACAACAUCAGUCACUGUAGCUUCAACUACUUUAGCUACAGCUGCAUUAGCUACAGCUACAUUAGCUACAACUACAUUAGCUACAACUACAUUAGCUACAACUAAAUUAGCUACAACUACAUUAGCUACAACUAAAUUAGCUACAACUACAUUAGCUACAACUACAUUAUCUACAACUGCAUUAGCUACAACUACAUUAGCUACAACUACAUUGGCUACAACUGCAGCCCCAACUGCUGCUAAAUCCAUUUCUACCUCAUCAGCUGCUAAUCUGUCGGUGUCAAACUUAUCAAGCACAAUAAAAUCUACUGUGAAUAUAUUUUCCACAACCGCGACACCAACCGGAGCUCCAUUAACUACAAUUUCAUCAACCACAACCGCAUCAGCUUCAACUUCUACAACGACUACACUGACAUCUCCAUUAGGCCAAUCAUCUACAUCCACAUCAGCCGCAGUUGCGACGACAUCAUCAACUACAACAACCGCCACAACAACAUCAGCUGCAUUAGCCGCAAUCAGGUCAGCUACAGAAACGUCACAGAUAGGAGAUUUAACAGCUUUAAGAGUGCCACGCAGAAAAAGAAAACCCUAUAAACAACAUGCACCGAUAUUUAUAACAACAACACCAAUCAUAACACCAAGAGCACGUGACGCCACAAAAACAACCUCAACAACUACAUCGUCAACUGCUGAACUAGAACCGACAGCAGAAUCGCCGCCGCCAUUGAGUCCACCACCAUUACCACCGCGACUAUCAGAUUUUUUCAGGCCACCAACGCCAACAACGCCACCACAACUACCACCACCACGCGGGUCAUUAUUAUCAUCAAAAACGACGAGAAGAACUCAACCUAACCCGGGCGAUUUCACGAUAAUAACCGUCCUUGAUGAUCCAACCGUGGGACCGCCACACCACAGCCGACUACAACAGCCAACCAAACCGCAGCCACAACCGCAGCCACAACAGCAACAAAUCCAGCCACUCCAACCACAAGAAUCAUCUGAAACAUCUUCGUUAUGUCCACACAACUUCAGCAACCCAAGAAGAAACGUCGCCAUCCACAGGUUAGAGGAUCGCGAAAGAUCCAUCUACGAUACGGAUCUCGAUUUAAGCAGCAUGCAUACAGACGAUCUCGUCCUCACGAGGGAACAACACGAACGUAUGAUGAGGCACUUUGCUAGAAAAGAGGUUGCACAUUACUGCAGGAUGUGUUGCCUCUUCUUCUUGAUCAUUGUCCUUCUCGCAAUUAUGGCCUUACUCAUCCACAAGAUGUACCUUAUGCUUGAACCGGUAUUCAGAGCCGAUGGCCUCAUGAGGAAGAUUAGGUUUUUUUUUAUGGGGUCUGAAUUGUGGGAAGAUAAGAAGAGGUAGUGAGAGAGAGAGAGAAAAAAAAAGGAGUUUGAAAAAGAGAUUGAAAAAGUGAAAGACGAAAAGAGAGAGAAGAGAGAGAGAGAGAGUAAUCUUUACCAAAACGAUGCAUUUUUAAAUAGUGCAGUGGUGAAUAAAACCGUUCUAAAUUUUAGCUGUCGAAUGAGAUGUGAAAUAAAAUUGUGUUUGUGUGUGUGAACGUAUUUAUGAUUUGUGUAUGUGUGUGUGUGUGAAGUGUGUGUGGAGUGUGU